UACCGGAAAUGCGGAAUUCGGGGAGGGUGCGCGCGCUAGGGCUGUCGGAGGGUGGUCCGGCUCACAGGUCCUGACUGGGAAGAAGUCGGCAGGUCCUGGCAGGGGAGAGCUGUGGCGGUGACAACUCGGGGUAUAGGCGGCUUUAACGGGAUGGAGUCCCGAGUCGCGGGCGCCCAGGCCGGCGAGGCUGAGCGAGCUGUGGGCGAAGGCCCAGCAGACGGCGGCGCCUCUCGGGGGCUUCAAGUCUCGGAGCCCUUGGGAGCCGCCCGGUGGAAGCUCCUGCGGCAGGUUCUGAAGCAAAAGCACCUGGAUGAUUGCCUGCGACAUGUAUCUGUAAGAAGAUUUGAAUCAUUUAAUCUGUUUUCAGUAACAGAAGCCAAAAAAAGGGUAAAUGAAGAGGAAGUUGGUGCAUGGGUCCGAUAUACAAGUGUCUUCUAUCCUGAGUACAGUGUUUCUUUAAGGCAUAAUAAUGGAUCUUUGAAUGUUGAAGAUGUUCUUACCAGCUUUGACAAUACAGGCAAUGUUUGCAUCUGGCCAUCUGAAGAGGUUUUGGCUUACUACUGCCUCAAGCACAGUAAUGUAUUCAGGGACCUUGCUGUGUGUGAGCUAGGGGGUGGCAUGACAUGCUUGGCUGGGCUCAUGGUUGCUAUUUCUGCAGAUGUCAAAGAAGUUCUGUUAACUGAUGGGAAUGAAAAGGCCAUCAGAAACGUGAGAGACAUCAUCACAAGGAAUCAGAAGGCUGGUGCGUUUAAAGCUGGGAAAAUAUCAAGCUGCGUUUUACGAUGGGAUAAUGAGACAGAUGUCUCUCAACUGGAAGGACAUUUUGACAUUGUUAUGUGUGCUGACUGCCUGUUUCUGGACCAGUACAGAGCCAGCCUUGUUGAUGCAAUAAAGAGAUUACUCCAGCCCAGAGGGAAAGCAAUGGUAUUUGCCCCACGCCGAGGGAAUACUUUAAACCAGUUUUGCAAUCUAGCUGAAAAAGCUGAUUUCUCUAUCCAAAGACAUGAAAAUUAUGAUGAACACAUUUCAAACUUCCACUCCAAGUUGCAAAAGGAGAACCAGGACGUCUAUGAAGAAAACCUUCAUUACCCACUUCUGCUUAUUUUAACCAAAAAUGGAUAGAAGAUUAAGCUACUCA